AUGAAGGAAAAAGCCUGCGACCGACUGAGGACAGCGGCAGCAGGACACUCACCAGAGCCCCGGGGAGGCGGCGCUGAGGGCGGCGGGCAGCCUCCUACGCCGCCGGCCGGCCGUCUGGACGUGCGCACGGGCCAAGCCCCAGCGGCAGCAGCUAGCCGAACAGAGGACCGGAGGGGACGCGUCAGGGGCUCUGAAGUAGCGGCCGAGGGGCCGUUGCGGGCGAGGACAACAGGAAGCGCCCCAACUGCCGGAAAAGACGGCAGCGCGGAGGGGCCAAGGGAGCCGGGUCCCCCGCCGCAGACACGGGCUGGCGCGGCGGCCGCAGGCCGAGACUGCGCAAACGUGACUUCCCGGCGACGCGGCAGGGAUUUCAGGACUGCGCGUGCGCAGUCCCGCCACGCCCCCGCCCCGCCCCGCGCUACCCGAGCAGGACACGCCCGGCUGAGGGGAGAGAUGUCAGAUUUCAUCCAAAGUGGUCACUGGAAAUGAUUGAAGCAGCAGUCCCUGAGGGGGACCUGACAGUGGCCACACGGCCUCUUCCUAUGAGAUUUUACAGAACAACCACUGAAGACACCAAAACCGUUAUCAGGGCAUUCUUCUCCUCCCCGCUCCUAACUCCCAUCUCAGAAGGCCUGGACCAGUGAUGGGGGCACAGCACAGGGCCUGGAAUGCACACGCUUCUGAGUUCUCCAUCCGCUUCUCCUCAGUCUGGGGACCCUGAUCUCCCUGGAGGUGGGGUGGACUCUUCCAGCCCUGAGAGUUGUCUGCACGUGGUCCUUUCUAUUUCCCACAGGGUCCUGGCUCCAAGUCAGGAGGACUCCUUCUUUCAGCGUGGUCCACCCUUCCCUGGGUUAACAAACAUUUGGUUCAUUGAAUGGGGGGAAAGGCAAUGGAGAAAAGAAAAUCCUGGGGACAAAAGCCACCAGUCAAUAUUCCAAAGUAGCCUCCUGGCACAGUGCUGUGGAUACUGAGAAUCUAGGAAAUGUGGGUGUGAAGACAGCAGAUGAACCAGAACUGCCUGAUGUCCUUAGUAGAUAAAUAGGCGUAGCAGACAGAAAAAAAUCAUUUUGCCAGAGAGGAGAAAAACAAGUGUUGUUUCAUCUUCAGCAUUACACAGAGGAAUUUCUGGGGGAAAAUGUGAAGAUUUUGUGACUGUUGAGUAGCAAAGAAUAUGAGCCAUUUGUAAAUAUUAAGAAAAAUAAAACAUGUAUUUGUGCCUAAACGUAGCUAGC